CACAAGGGAGCGUCAGCGUGCACCCACCCGCGCUGACCCGCUGUCCCACAGGGGCUACUCAAGGGACACCGAGGGCAGCUGGUUCCGCUCCCUCUUUGUGCACAAGGGGGUUCACAAUGUGAAGCCAGAGUGCCUGGAUGCCUACAACAGCCUGACAGAGGAGGUGCUGCCCAAGCUCCACUCAGAUGCCGACUACCCCUGUGACCUGGUGGGCAACUGGAACACGUGGUAUGGCGAGCAGGACCAGGCAGUGCACCUCUGGCGCUUCUCGGGGGGAUACCCCGCCCUCAUGGACUGCAUGAACAAGCUCAAACAGAACAAGGAGUACCUGGACUUCCGCAAGGAGAGGAGCCGGAUGCUGCUGUCCCGCAGGAACCAGCUGCUCCUGGAGUUCAGCUUCUGGAACGAGCCCCUGCCCCGCCAAGGACCUAACAUCUAUGAGCUGAGGACCUACAAGCUGAAGCCAGGGACUAUGAUAGAAUGGGGCAACAACUGGGCUCGGGCCAUUAAGUACCGGCAGGAGAACCAGGAGGCAGUUGGGGGUUUCUUCUCCCAGAUCGGGGAGCUGUACGUUGUGCAUCACCUCUGGGCCUACAAGGACCUGCAGUCCCGGGAGGAGACAAGGAACGCGGCCUGGAGGAAGAGGGGCUGGGACGAAAACGUGUACUACACGGUGCCGCUGAUCCGGACCAUGGAGUCACGAAUAAUGAUUCCCCUGAAGAUCUCACCCCUGCAGUGA